AUGGAAAAGCGCGGCGUCCCCACCGCGGCCAUCAUUACCCACGUUUUCCUCAACACAGCUCAGGCUAUGACCCGCAUGAUGGGUGUGCCCGACUAUCGCUAUGUGGUCGCCCAGCAUCCGCUGUCCAGCCUGACCGACGAUGAGGUCAAGGCCCGCGCCGCCGAACUCGCCGACGAGGUGGAGUCGAUCCUGACCGGCCAGGCCGUCGCCGCUUAG